CUUCUUCUUUUUCUUCUUCUUCUUCCAUCUCCUCCUCCUCCUCUUCCCCUGGACCCCCUUUUUUUCUUUUUUCUUGCGGGAAGAUGGGUUGUUUGGGCAACAGUAAGACCGAAGACCAGAGAAAUGAGGAGAAGGCACAAAGAGAAGCAAACAAAAAGAUAGAGAAGCAGCUCCAGAAAGACAAACAGAUAUACAGAGCAACACACAGACUACUACUUUUAGGAGCUGGAGAGUCAGGAAAGAGCACCAUAGUGAAACAGAUGAGGAUCCUACAUGUCAACGGCUUCAAUGCAGAAGAGAAGAAGCAGAAAAUUCAGGACAUCAAGAAUAAUAUUAAAGAGGCUAUUGAGACCAUAGUAACAGCUAUGAGCACCCUGACACCGCCGGUGCAGUUGGCAUGUCCACAGAACCAGUACCGGAUCGAAUACGUCCUCAACCUGGUCAACCAGAAGGACUUUGAGUUUCCGUCUGAGUUUUACGAUCAUGCGAAGACACUGUGGCAGGACGAGGGGGUCCGAGCGUGCUACGAGAGAUCCAACGAGUACCAGCUAAUCGACUGUGCACAAUACUUUCUAGACAAGAUCGACAUUGUGAAACAGAGUGACUACACUCCAACAGAUCAGGAUUUGCUGCGGUGCAGAGUACUGACAUCAGGGAUCUUUGAGACCAGAUUCCAAGUGGACAAAGUUAAUUUCCAUAUGUUCGAUGUCGGCGGUCAAAGAGACGAACGCCGGAAAUGGAUUCAGUGCUUUAACGAUGUAACGGCCAUCAUCUUCGUGGUGGCCAGUAGCAGUUACAACAUGGUGAUCCGAGAGGACAAUCAGACCAACCGUUUACAGGAGGCCCUCAACCUCUUCAAGAACAUCUGGAACAACAGGUGGCUGCGGACCAUUUCUGUCAUCUUGUUCCUUAAUAAACAGGACCUGCUAGCAGAGAAGGUGCUGGCGGGGAAGUCCAAAAUCGAGGAGUACUUUCCUGAAUUUGCUCGCUACACGACACCUGACGAUGCGACACCGGAGCCUGGGGAAGAUCCUCGUGUUACAAGGGCGAAGUAUUUCAUAAGAGAUGAAUUCCUGAGGAUCAGCACAGCGAGCGGGGACGGGAGGCACUACUGUUACCCCCACUUCACCUGCGCCGUCGACACAGAAAACAUCCGCCGCGUCUUCAACGACUGUCGAGACAUCAUCCAGCGGAUGCACCUUCGGCAGUACGAGCUGUUGUGAUGGGAGAAAAAAAAAGGUGUUUGGCCAAAAACAGAAAAACGGAUCUGACUAUGAAACAACCCUGAACCCCGAGUCUCUGAACUCUCCUCUUCCACAGAAGUGUGUGAGCUCUGGUGACCGAACGGGGGCCAAAACACACAAACACACAUUUACAGUAAAGACACCCAGAACUUCCUCGAUGCAAACUCCCUACCUGAUGUAGAAAGAGCUAUUUUAAUGGAAGACUUCGGGGGGCUAACACAUGAACAGACGCCAUAUUCCAGCUCCUCACCUUUCAGCAUCAUCUCCAUACAUGUUACCGUCACCUUUCUGAAAACCCAGAGCGGCCCGGUCUGGACUGAGUUUCCUGCAGCGAGGAGGGUUUGAGCUGCAGAUGUGUGAUUUCCCUGUUGAUGAGAUUUGAGAUGGAAACUAAAGAGAGCUGCUGCUACUGCAGUGCAACUGGGAAAGAGAUAACUGUUGAAUUACUGCAAAUAGAGAGUAAAUAAAAGAUCAGCUGAACACUGUAUCUAAGAAAAACAAGAAAAAAAAAACACAAGCACUGUGCUCAGGACUUGACUCGAACCAUGUAACACCAAACCUUCCUAUCACUUACGGACGUCUUUAAAUCCAGCCACAGGCUCUGCUUGCACACAGAAGUGUAUCACACCUGCUUUUUACUGGACUGCACCACCGAGGGGAGGGAAUCCGGAAAACUGAGCGCCAGAUGCCAGCCCAUUUAUCUGGAGCGGCGCUUUGAGAUUCGGCCCCGAGGAGCAGCGUCACCACAGACUACACGGACCACGGGUGUGUUAGCGAGACUUCGGGGGGGGGUGGGGGUGAGUUCAGGGGUUCACAGAAACAGGACGGAUCCGACUCCGAUGUGAAUUUCUCUGAUGGAGUUCGGCCACGUUUGACAGGGACGACUUCUCCACAGAACUGUUUUGCCACCUGACUUUGCCUUGUUGGUUGUGGAGCAAAAAUGUGAGGAGGAUAUACUGAGUUAAAAUUUAAAAAAAAGAAAAGAAAAAAAAAAAA